GCGGUGGCAGUGACGUCACGUGAUGCCGGAAGUGUGACCUUCGGCGUGUCGGGUCCGAACGUUCGGCGCGAGCAGCGGAGUUCAGACUCGACGCUGUUUCGUGAAGGGGGAAAAGCUCAGAAUGGAAGGUGACACCGCCGUCCGGAGGCUGAAAUCCUCGCUGAACACCACGUCCUACGCGAAUAGCGGCACGCCGAAGCGCGACGGGGACGGGAACGGCGGGAAGAAGAAACGCGAAGGCUCGUUCGUGUUGAGCGAAGGGGCGGCGUGCGCGCUCGUGCUCGUGUUCUUAUUCGCGCUGUGGGGCUCCGUUCACUGGUCGCUGAAGCAGCUCGUGAUUGGAAAACCCGGCGGCGAAUUCAACGCUACCAGGGCAAGGAAGUACCUGGAGCACAUCACCAGCGUGGGGCCUCGACCCGCAGGCAGUCCUGAGAAUGACGUCAUGACGGUAAACUUCCUGUUGGAGCAGGUGGAGCGGGUGCGAAGCGAGAGCGUUGAUGGGCCUAACGCCAUCACCGUGGAGACCCACAAACACAGUGGCUCGUUCAGCAUCGACUUCCUGGGCGGAUUCACGAGCUGCUAUGAUCAAAUCACUAACAUUGUAGUACGACUCGAACCCAAAGGUGGCGCUCAGCACUUCGUAUUGGCUAAUUGCCAUUUUGACAGUGUGCCCAGCAGUCCAGGAGCAAGUGAUGAUGCUGUAAGCUGUGCUGUCAUGCUGGAGGUCUUGCACUCAAUAUCCAACCUUUCUAUUCCUCUAAAUCACGGAAUCAUCUUUCUGUUCAACGGAGCCGAGGAGAACAUACUUCAGGCGAGUCAUGGCUUUGUCACUCAGCACAAGUGGGUGAAGCAGAUCAGAGCAUUUGUGAAUAUGGAGGCUGCUGGAGUUGGGGGAAAGGAGCUGGUGUUCCAGACAGGUCCAGAAAACCCAUGGCUGGUUCAAGCAUAUGUUAAUUCCGUCAAACACCCUUUUGCAUCAGUUGUGGGACAGGAAGUGUUCCAGAGUGGCAUUAUACCUUCAGACACCGACUUCCGCAUCUUCAGAGACUUUGGCAACAUUCCUGGUAUUGAUCUGGCCUUCAUCGAGAACGGUUAUAUCUAUCACACAAAGUACGACACUGCAGAUCGCAUUCUUACAGACUCCAUUCAGAGAGCAGGUGACAACAUCCUGGCCUUGCUGAAGAAUCUGGUCAUGACAGGAACCUUAGCUGACCCGUCAGAAUAUCGCCAUGGCAGCAUGGUGUUUUUCGAUGUCUUGGGUGUAACAAUGGUGGCGUAUCCAGCAAGAGUUGGUUCCAUUAUCAAUUACAUGGUCGUCAUUGCAACCCUUAUCUACCUUGCCAAGAAAAGUCUGCGGCCUAGCAAUGUGGGUGGUCAGUACCUGUUGGAACUGUUGUAUGGCUCAUGCGUGUUCGUGCUCAGCUGGUUCGUGGCUCUGCUCACGGUUCUGAUUGUGGCACUGAUCAUCACCCUUUUGGGUCGUUCCAUGUUCUGGUUCACUCACUUUCACACGUCCAUCUUACUGUAUGGAGCUGCUGCUGCUGGAAAGAUACUUUUGAUCCACACCCUUGCCAAAAACCUCUAUUUCAGAAAUAUGCGGAGGUUGGAUUUGGGCGACUUGUUCUUUGACGUCAGUCUGCUACUGUGGUGCUGCGCCCUUGUUUUUCUCACUCAGCGUGGCUUAUGUUCCGCAUACGUUCCCAUGCUCAUGGUGUUUUUCCCUCUCGCCACCAAACUGCUACUCUCCAGACACUUUCUGCAGAAAGGUGUGUCAAAGUUCUAUAUCUUCUUCUACCUAUUGGGCUUGUCUUUCCCCUACGUUCACCUGCUGUUCCUUAUUUGGAUCGUGUUUGAGAUUUUUACGCCCAUAUUGGGACGCAGUGGCACCGAAAUCCCCCCAGACGUGGUUCUUGCAUCACUCAUCGCUAUGGCCGUUGCCAUACUUUCAUCUUUUCUGAUUCAUUUCCUGUACCUGGCCCAAAGUACGAGGCGUGCAUUAGCUGCUUUGUGGAUGAUUUUUGCUGUGAUGCUUGUCCUCGUUUCCUGUGGACUUUUCUUUCCGUAUUCUGGUGAUCCAGCGAAUCCACGGCCCAAGCGAGUCAUUAUACAGCACAUCUCGCGCACUUUUCAUGCUUUGGAUGGCUCUGUGGAGAAAGCCGAUUCCGGGUAUUGGAUCAACAGCUUUGAUUACACGGGAAUGAAUCACAUCACCCCUCACGUUCCCGAGAUUAACGACACCAUCUGCAUACGCUGCAGUGACGAGUUGCCCUACUGCGGUUUCCCCUGGUUCCUUCCCGUCAAAUUUCUCAUCAAGAAGAGCUGGUAUCUCCCUGCUCCUGCAGUGUCUCCUAAAUCUCCACUGGAGUUUAAACUGCUGUCCAAACACGUAUCUGAAUGGGGGUCAAUAAAGUUGAGCUUUGAAGUUAAAGGUCCAAGCCACAUGUCGCUGUACGUCUUACCCCACACGGGAUCCUCACUCUCAGGCUGGUCGUUUGCAGACGGGACGCCGCAGUACGAUCUGGACGGAGAAUAUUUCAUAUAUUACUCUCACGGCGUGGACGCGGGACCGUGGACCUUCUGGAUCGAGGUUCAGCCACCCGCAGAGCAUUUGGAUGAAGACAGCACGAUCGCCAUCGCCAUUUCCACUCACUAUUUAUUCGGAGACGAUCAGUGCACUCCCGAGCUCAAGUCGUUUUUGCGGAAAUUUCCGGACUGGGCCUUUGCGACUUCAUGGGUCAGCACUUAUGACAUGUACCUGUACUGAACAUGACCGAGGUGAAAGUCAUUGUGUCUCGUAUCCACACACUCAUCAUUUUGGACUAAACCACUGUCAGGGUUAACAAGUAUGAAUCAUCAGUCUGCAUUUCUCCUCAUCCGAACUUCUUUCUCUCGUCUACCGUGUCCCUCCUUCUCUCUCUCUCUCUCACAUGCAGAGGUUUUAAUAAUGCAAAGUAAUUAUAACUCGAGUCCAUACCGGAUCGAAUCUCGCCACCAGUAUUCCAUCCAUUUUAAUACAAAAAGCGGACGACUAACGGAAUGCCAGGACGGGUCAUUAAACCACCGUGAACGACUAACAAUGUUCACGUAACCGAUUGGGAGGAUUUUGGUGACGUGAGCGAGUUUUCCACCUGAUUAGGAGAACAGGCUCCACACUGAGGUUGUAUUAAACUAGAGUGAAUUUUUAA